AUGCUUGCAGUUGCUUUCUUUGGCCUGUCUUUGAUGGCAUGGCACCCCGGGGUUACUGCACAAGAGAAGGUGAACAAGCGAGUUAGUCGAGCUGCAACCCCUGAAGCAGUUGCCUGUCAGUUGAGCAACUGGUCAGAAUGGACAGAUUGUUUUCCAUGUCAGAACAAAAAGUACCGGCACCGGAGCCUCUUGCAGCCAAGCAAGUUUGGGGGAACCAUCUGCAGUGGUGACAUCUGGGAUGAGACUAGCUGUAACAGCCCCACACCUUGUGUGAGGCAAGCACAGUGUGGACAGGAUUUCCAGUGUGGAGAGACAGGUCGCUGCCUGAAACGCCACCUGGUAUGUAAUGGAGACAAUGACUGCCUCGAUGGCUCUGAUGAGGACAACUGUGAGGAUGCCAUGGCCGCUGAGGAUGACUGCCAUCAGUAUGAACCAAUCCCAGGAUCAGAAAGGGCAGCCCUAGGGUACAAUAUCCUGACUCAAGAAGAAGCCCAGAGUGUGUAUGAUGCCAAGUAUUAUGACGGCCAGUGUGAGACUGUGUACAACAGUGAGUGGAGGAAGCUCCAGUAUGACCCAACCUGUGAGCGCCUCUACUACGGGGAUGAUGAGAAAUAUUUUCGGAAACCCUACAACUUCCUUACGUACCACUUUGAAGCCCUGGCAGAUACUUUAAUAUCCUCAGAGUUAUAUGACGAUGCCAAUGAGCUCUUUUCUAAAAUAAAAAAUGACAAGUCACAGUCAGAUGGCAUAACCUUUGGCAUAGGCCCAGCAAAAAUUCCUAUAACACUGAUGGGGAGUGUAUCCUGGUUCGACAAAUCUUCAUUCAUGAAGGAGUUAAGCAAGUAUAAUGAGAAGAGAUUCAGCUUCAUGAGAGUGUCUACAAAGGUACAGACUGCACAUUUUAAGAUGAGGAGGAGCAAUAUUGUGCUGGAUGAAGGAAUGCUGCAGUCACUAAUGGAGCUCCCAGAGCAGUUCAACUAUGGGAUGUAUGCCAAGUUCAUCAAUGACUACGGCACCCACUACAUUACCUCUGGAACCAUGGGUGGUAUUUAUGAAUAUAUACUGGUGCUCGACAAAAAGAAAAUGGAGGUUGAUGGUAUUACCACAAGAGAUGUCCAAAAUUGCAUCGGAGGUUCCGUGGGCCUGGAGUUUGGGGAUACUUUAAUUGUUAAAGGAGAGUUACCAGGACUUAAGUCUUGUGAGAAGUCUGGAAAUGCUAGCAGAGAAACAAAUAACAAGAUCUUGGCAGUGGAGGACAUCAUCUCUCGGGUGCGAGGUGGCAGUUCUGACUGGGGCAGUGGCUUGACACAAAAUAGCAGCACCAUUACAUACCGGUCCUGGGGGAGAUCAUUAAAGUACAGCCCUGUUGUUAUCGAUUUUGAGAUGCAGCCCAUCCACCAGCUGCUGCGGCACACAAACCUGGGGCUUCUGGAGACCAAACAGCAGAACCUGCGCCGGGCCUUGGACCAGUACCUGAUGGAAUUCAAUGCCUGCCGCUGUGGGCCCUGCUUCAACAACGGGGAGCCCAUACUCCAGGGCACUAGCUGCAAGUGUCAGUGUAGCCAGGGUCGCCAAGGCCCCGCCUGUGAGCAGACAGUGCUGGAGGGAAAAACAGAUGGCCGCUGGAGCUGCUGGAGCUCCUGGUCGGAGUGCAGAGUGGGUACCCAAGAAAGGAGGAGACAUUGCAACAACCCUGCACCCCAGAAUGGAGGUGCCCCCUGCCCAGGGAAGAGCGUGCAGACCCGGGCCUGCUGAGUACUCUGGAUGCAUGCUGGGAAGGUUGUGGAUGCUGUUAUCUGGCCUGGCUACUGGGAAGAACUGAUUGCUGCUCCAAGGGAAGGCAAGCCAAGAAAGACCAAAUCGCUUCAUGUACUCAGGGGCUUUUUUCUUCUAGUAUGAACCUCAUGAUUUUUAGCCUCUACCAAGGUUCCAAGGCCACCUCCCUGUUUCAAGGGGUUGUUACCCUGUACUUCUAACAACUACCUUUCUGUCUUACUAGAUUGGGGAUGCUUAACGAUAAACCUUCUGUGGUUUAGACUCAUCAGAAAUUAUGCCUCACAAUUCUGGGGGCAUAAACUGCAAGACUAAGGUUCCUGCAGGUGUAGGGUCUCAGGAGGCUGUGUUCCACUUAUAUAUGACAUUUUUUGUGAUCUCACAUGACAGAGGACUAGGGAGUCCCUGGCACCUUCCUAAUAAGGCCAUUAUUCCUACCCAUGGGAACUUUGUCUUCAUGAAUUACUUGCCUCUCAAAGUCCAGCCUCCUCAUGCCACACCAGGUAGAGAAUUUCCAGGUAUGAAUUUAGAGAGCCCCCAAUAUUCUAACCCCAGUACAUCUCCCAUGAUUCCUAUCUGUAUUCUCCAGAGAAGCAGUCAUAUUCAGAGGCAGAAACCGGGCUGGUUUCAUACAGCAUAACAUCUUCAGAUGCCAAGGUUGUGCAUCAGAGAUCACAGGGGCCUAGUCAGCAACAGUCGCUGGGACAAAUGAACAGAGCCAUUCAAAGGUGAGGUCUGCACUGGUCGGCCUUCCAGAGCUGCAGGAGGAUUUGGAAGUGUCAACCCAUUGACAUCAACUCCUAGUCCCUACCCUUCCAGAAACCAGCCAAUCCCAGCAGGAGUCUGGUGUCCCAUGUACCCUAAACCCUGUUCAUUUUCAGCACCAUGCCAACUGUCUUAGUUAGGGUUUCUACUGCUGUGAUAAAACACCAUGAGCAAUGGCAACUUCAGAGGAAAGGAAUUAUUUCAGCUUACACUUCACAUUCACAGUCCCUCAUGUGCCACUCACAGUCCGUCAUGAAGGGACGUUAGGGCAGAAAGUCUGAAGCCGAGGCCAUGGAGGGCUGUGGCUUCCUGACUUCCUCUUCAUGGCUUGCUCAGCCUGCUUUCUUAUACUGUCCAGGACCACCUGCCCAGGAAUGGCAGCACCUGCAGUGAACUAGUCCCUCACAUCAAUCACUAAUUUAAAAAUAUACUACUUACUUUGCUCAGAAGGCCAACCUGGUGGGGGCAUUUUCUCAGUGACUUUCCCUCUUUCAAAAUAUGUCAAGUUGACAUAAAACUAGCUAAGCCAACAUCCUAGGCUUACCCUUGCCUUCUCUUGAAGUUGGUAGAAUUCAUACCUACAAAGUCUUCAGAAACAGAGGGCCAACUGCACACAAGAAAAAGAGGAGACUCUUGGGCCAUUGGAAGUGAAUUGUUAACAUCAACAUUUGUAGCUCACAAAUGAAUGCAGGAAGAGAACAAGGGGGAGAGGGCAGUCUUCCCGAGUUGUGUAUCAGACCUGGAUGGACUUUUCCAUAGAUCAUCAGGGGUGGCAUGGACCUGGAUGGACUUUUCCAUAGAUCAAUAGGGAGGAGACUUUUGAAAAAGAAACCCAGCCUAAGAUAGAGCUUGAGGGUGAGAUAGAACAUGGGGCGGGGAGGGCUUGCAGGUGCGUAUGUGUUGGGGACAGGGAGUGGGAAAGACAGCAAAAACAAAGAAAAUCAGGUGUAUGAGGCCAUCGCAGCACCUGUCAUGUAACAUCUGGUAUUAGCACCAUGAUUGUUAAUCCCAUUGAUAAAACAUGUGGU